UGAACCGAUCAUAGGGUGUACAGUAACCCUUCCCCGUCCCCCCUGCUUCAGCUAACCAACCAACAUUACAGUACCAACAACCCCUCGGGGUUUGCAAUCUCACCUCAUAUUACUUAUGGUCCGGAUACUUUCAUCCGAUAUAUAAAUAACAGACUCAAUCACCUUUCUCUUCAAGGAGACGGAUAGAAAGUUAACAAGAUCGAUAAUACUGUAAUAUCAACAUGGUAAAUUUCUCCAUCGUAACAUUCCUUUCGUGAUACCCCAGACUGAUCCUACCAGACAUCUCAGAAAAACAAGAAACAACAUCUAAGGCCCACAACCAUAUAUGAUCGGAAGCAACUCGGGGAAGGCACUACAUUCCUCCCCGGAAAGAAAGACCCUUCAGUAGCUCAUCUCAUCAACCAUAUCCUCAAAAAUGGAUACGUGAUACUCCCAUCUCUCUUCACCAAAGCUCAAGUCGACGCAGCAAAUGCAGAACUAGCACGCCUCCAAUCCUUGAAUGACUCAGGACCCGCAGUCAAAGGGGGGAGAAACCCCUUCGAAGGAUUCAAUACUAGUAGGAUCUACGCUCUUGCCGACAAGAGUCGUAUAUUUGAUUGUUUUCCGAUUCACGAGACGAUUUUGAAGUUGAAUGAUUAUUUCCUGGAGCCGAAUUAUCUUUUGACAAGUUGGCAAACGGUCGAUGUUGGUCCUGGUUCGAAAAGACAGGAGAUGCACAAUGACGAUGGGUUAAUACAUUUGCCACGGCGGAGACCUUUGAUGGGUAUCGUAUGUAAAUUUGUAUCCAGAGUCAAAAUUAAUGAGUAUCACUGACUAGAAGGAACAGGGAACAAUGGUCGCCCUCGACGAUUUCACGGCCUCAAAUGGAGCAACAACCCUCAUACCUGGCUCUCAUCUUUGGUCUGAUGACCAGCAGCCUACUCGCGAAGCGAUGGUACCAGCAAUCAUGCCUUCUGGUUCAGUCGUCUAUUUUCUAAAUACCGUCUGGCACGGCGGUGGUGAAAAUACGUCUGAUAAGACGAGAAGAAGCUUUACUAUCCAGUAUUGUCAGCCUUGGAUUAGAACCACGGAAAAUAUGACGGUUGCUACAGGUUGGGAAAAAUUGGAUGAGAUCCCAAAGAGGUUAUUGGGGCUGUUGGGUUUCUCUACACAUGAUUUUAUGGGGUAUGUUGAUGGGCGAAGUCCGAGAGCGGGAGUGGAGAUGCGGAAGGAGAGGCUAAUUGAAUGGGGUUUGGAGAGGGAGAGGGAGAGAAAGAAGAAGGUGAGUUCAAAGCUGUGAGUUGAUCGGUAAUAAAAAGCUUGAAUGAGUAUGAAUUAGGCGAGCUCGAAAAGAGAAUAGCCGAGUGUAUAUCGUGACAAUUUAACAUGAUAUAAGUCAGUUCGGAUUACUAUCUUAUGAAGCUAGUGAACGAAAAAUUUUGCUUCGUAAAUGAAUGCCAGACUUUUGCAAAGGGCCCAAGUUAUUACUGCACUACAUGUAUCUUACACGCCUUUACAAGUCAUCAUGGUGAACAGAAUAAUUGUCGUGGUAAAUAUCAACAAAGCUCAACCAAUUCAAAGAUAUCGAUUGAUUAAUUUGAUGUUACGAGUCUUUCAGAAAAAAACCGUUCAUGAAAGUACUCGUACACAGAGAAAUCGAAGUGACGUAGUGUUUACAGGUGCGGCGGUGAGCCCACAAGGUUUCUGCCGCGGGGCUCAUAAAUUGUCCCGACCCUCCAAACUUGACUCACUUCACGACAUACUAGACAGCACAACCUUUACCAAUCGACAGAUUCGCAAUUACAGGAUACAGCGAUACUCCGAAAGAUAUGCCAAAAGUAUAUCUACUCGACUAUGUCGCCGGCAACGUGCGGAGCUUAGUCAAUGGCAUAGAGAAAGUGGGGUAUACGAUUGAAUGGAUCAAAUCGCCCGAGGAUAUCGAGAAAGCAGAUGUGAGUCAAUUCAAUGGAUUCUUUGUAGAUUUUUUUCGAAAUUGUUCAAGAUCUCUCUCGCGUAACGGAUCAGGAUCUCAAGCUAAUACUUUUCCUCUGCCAUAGAAACUCAUCCUCCCAGGCGUUGGUCAUUUCGGCCACUGCAUGACGCAGUUCUCAAAAGCAGGCUACCUCCCCGCAAUCCGAAAGCAUAUCGAAUCCGGCAAACCUUUCAUGUCGAUAUGUGUCGGACUUCAAGUUCUCUUCGAAGGCUCAUCGGAAAGUCCCUCUGUCGCGGGCCUCGGUUUCAUCAAGGGCCAUCUCGAUCGCUUCAACGAUUCCUCGAAAUCCGUACCGCAUAUCGGUUGGAACAGCGCAAAUACAGAUGAUAAACAGGUUUAUGGCUUGCGACCGAGCUCAAAAUAUUACUAUGUCCAUUCGUAUAAGGUUCCGUAUGUGAAGGGGGAGCUGGAAGCACAAGGAUGGACGGUAGCUACUGCUAGAUAUGGGGAUGAGGAGUUCGUGGGUGCUGUUGCAAAGGGAAAUAUUUUGGCGACUCAAUUCCAUCCUGAGAAGAGUGGUGUAGCUGGUCUACGGGUUCUGAAAGCUUUCCUGGACGGAAAACAAGACAGUGGUGUCGCUGGACUAAAAGCCGUGCAGGAAGGUCUGACGAGAAGAGUUAUCGCUUGUUUGGACGUGAGAACAAAUGAUCAAGGUGAUCUAGUUGUUACGAAAGGCGACCAGUACGAUGUUAGGGAAAAGGGUGAGGGGGGUAAUGUUAGAAAUUUGGGGAAACCCGUUGAGAUGGCUAGGAAUUAUUAUGAGCAAGGGGCGGAUGAGGUUACUUUUUUGAACAUUACCAGUUUUCGGGAUUGUCCGCUGGCUGAUUUACCAAUGCUGGAAAUCUUACGAAGGACUUCAGAGACAGUUUUUGUACCUCUGACGAUUGGUGGUGGUGUUAGGGAUACUACUGAUACUGAUGGGACAAAGGUUUCGGCCUUGCAAAUUGCGACGAUGUAUUUCAAGAGUGGUGCGGACAAGGUUUCAAUAGGGUCGGAUGCUGUCACUGCAGCUGAAGAGUAUUAUGGUGCUGGAAAGAGGUUAUCAGGAAAAACGGCUAUUGAGCAGAUAUCACAAGCUUAUGGUAAUCAAGCUGUGGUUGUCAGCGUUGACCCGAAACGAGUCUACGUUUCCAAUGCCUCGGAAACGAAACAUAAUACCAUUACUACGACAUUUCCAGGACCAAAUGGAGAGUCUGUAUGUUGGUACGCAUGCACCAUCAAAGGUGGACGAGAAACUCGAGAUAUCGAUGUCGUUGAACUUACCCAGGCCGUCGAAGCAAUGGGAGCUGGGGAAAUCUUACUGAAUUGCAUCGACCAAGACGGAACGAACAGCGGAUUUGAUUUCGGGCUGAUAAACCAAGUUAAGGGAGCGGUCAAGAUACCAGUUAUUGCUUCUAGUGGUGCUGGGAAUCCGGGUCAUUUUGAGGAAGUGUUUGAUCAGACGAGCACGGAUGCUGCUCUCGGGGCUGGAAUGUUCCACAGAGGGGAGUAUACUGUUAAGGAUGUUAAGGAAUUUUUGGAAGCGAAGGGGCUAAUGGUCAGGAGGUUUGAGAGCGAGAUAUAGAUUUCUUUAACACGAUUUAAUUGAAUACGAAGCAAAUGUCGCGGAUUUUGAAGGUAAUGUACUUCAAGAUGUAAUCCAGCAGUAAGUUUUCUUUUGUUUGUCUGGCGCAUCGAUGUAGUACCUCUUCUUCACAUAGUAUAAGCUAAUUUACUUCUCCCAAGUUUCAAGCUUCGAUCUUCCUCAAAAAUCAUUUGCGCUCCUCAGACUCAC